AUGGAUGAAGAGGAUGAGCGAAAGAGAAAUGGAAAACGAGCUGGAAAGAGAGGGUGAACAGAGCUUCAUUCAAACCUCAUCUUCAUUAGCGUUGAGGCCAUCGACUCAUUUGAACCGACUGCACUGAAAACAUGCAAUUCUCAAAUUUUCCAAGCAUUCUAUUUUGUUGUUGUUUUUCAAUUAAGCUUCCUGAUAUUUUCUGCUGGGUUUGCAGUGCACCCAGGGUUAACACUCUGCAGCUAUUGUCUUUUAUAAGCAGCUGUAAUGAUGUGAUGUGUUAGCUGCUCUCUCCGUGGCUUCCCCUGGGAAAGCAUUCAUUAACGUUAGCUAUGACACGGACAGGGAUAUGAAAACCUUAAGCAUACAUUCAGAGCCACGGGGGGGGGGUCUCUCAGGGUUAAAUAUGUGCAUAUGUUACAGGGCUGGAAUGCGGAUCCCAUGACUUCUGAUUUUCCCCUGUUCCAACAGUAUUAUUUAUUUAGUUAGUGUUUCAUAGGGAGAGAAUGAACCCUCUGCUCCUUCUAUCCCUACCUAACUUCACUGGAAAACACUGACCUGCUGUAAAAAUGUAUCCACUUUGUGGGGUGAUAUAGCUGUUAUUGAUUGAAGUGUGUUUUCUGUAGGCCUACAGAUGUUCCUCACGUGAUGUGAUGGGGUUUUAACUGCUCAUCCUAUGGAUAUAGAGUAUGGAUGGAAGAAGUGGGAGGCUUUGGUAUGAGGCUCCCCACUUAGGUUUGAUUGAUGAACAACGCAUUUGGAUAGAAGAGGGCUAGUGUGUGUGUUUCUGUCAGUUAAUCUAGAAUGAUUUUGCUGCUUGUCAAGCCGCAACACCUGCACUUUAGUUGCAGCCAAGAGUGAAGCCACUUGAACCCUAUUACACUAAUAGUCAAUUGAUGAGCUACUUGCAUCACUCACUCAACUUUACUUUGUUGUAACCUACUUUCACUCUCACACUGAGUGCAGCAUAAGCUUCCUCUCCUCUCUACUCUGUUAGCCCCUAAUUGAGCCACCAGUAUUUGAGUUUGUCACCGCUGCCAUUCUGCUUUGAAAAAUAACCUGGUGCUCCUCUCAGCUCAUUUAGAAGUGAUCUCGGGCCUCCCAGGCUCUCUGUGUCCCUCAGCUCGCUGGUUUGAUGUCCCGCUCUCUCUUAGUGUUUGACUGCAGGGGAGGGAGGCCACAGCAACACACCACACACCAGCCUGCCUGACUGAGGUCUACUGGAGAAAACAUGUAGGCAUGGAAUGAAAAGGAAACAUACUGUACAUGCUAGCCUUGCACCCAGGGGAGUGGAUAAUGUUAGAUGUUAGUUUGUAUGUUGAGUGUGUGUGUAUAGGGUGGGGAUUGAUGGGAGGGGUGUGCAUUCAUGUUUGUCAACAUUUUCUUUAGAUUAACUAUAGAACUAUAAUAUAUGCAGUACAUGCCAAGGCCUUGAGCGAGAAAGCAUGCCUGUGUGCGUGCAAUAUAUGUUUGUAGCUCUAAGAACCAGCAAUAGGGGGACAGAUCAGUCAUGUCACAGUAACAGCUGAUUAUUAUCACCAUGAAUUAGAAUUCCCUGUUUACAACCUGCCUGGCAAGCAGCUAGCAGGUAGGCGCUAACUAAUGACUGGAAAGUGGUAAAUACUGCUAAAUACAGGACAUGUCAUGGCCAUGCUAUGCUAGUACAGCAUCACCCUAUAGCAGGGGUAGGCAACUACAUCCAGUCGGAGUGGAUGUUCGGGGGGCCGGAACAUAAUUAUAACCCUGCAAAUUGACCCCAACUAAGCCUAAAAAGAGAUUGUAUUUGAAAAUAGCAAUUAUCUCAUACCUUGAAUUACAUUGAGACAUGAUCACAUAUGUCUCUUGGGAACAGGUUUUUUAAAAUUAAACAUGUUUUAGCAGAAUUUUGCAGUCCCCCCCAAAAAAAAAGAAUCACAUGAAGGUGCACUGCAAACCAUAGAAUAAAAAAAAAUAUGGUGAAUCUCUAUGUUGCUAACCCCAACCCCUAUGCAUGUGCACUGCAAUUUGACUGCAAACCAUAGAAAUUAACCUUACAGAGAUACUACGUCAACUGUGGACAUGAACUCCGAGCUCUGGAACAGAUCUUCAUUGGCUGGACAUGUGGAGAUCCCAGAGAGAGCUCUAGAAAUGAGUUUAAAGGCCCCAUGAAUGUCUCUCCUUUCUCAUCUGCCUCUGAGGGGACAGUACUUGUUCACGUUAUCUGAGCCCUUGGCUCCGAAAUGGCAAUUCCAUAACUGUCUGCCUGGAAGAGACGAGUCCAAGACCAAGGAAUUACAAGAGAACGGGGAAAUGUAGGAUUGUGUAUUUACAGAUUCUUGGUUAUUAAAACACUGUCUUGGAUUUAAAGUGAAUUUGGCACUGGGAGGUUUGAACAUGGCUGAGACUUGGUGCUGAAAGAAUCAUAGGCUUCACAGCAGGCAGAGUCUGAUAAAUGGCCUUGAAUUUGCGGAGUCUGCACUGACUGAAUGUCUGACAAAAGACAAGUCGUAUGGAGAAACGUAUUGCUACAGCGCUGUUCUGUCUGUUUCAGUUCUACUGUUCUACUCACUCUGCUGCCAAGCUAUGUUAUGCUCUAUAAGCCUCAGACAAAAGCAGUUCAGUUGUCAGUCACACUUUAGAUGGCCUCUAUUUGAUCACUGGCCUCUCGGACUCACAGAGCUCCUUAGAAACCUGAAUCCUCAACACAAACAAGCAUCUUUCUUUGGUUAUGACUGGGAACCCUCUGUCCACGCACCACAAUUGGUUUACAUGGCUGUGGCGGGAUAUUCUGCAGGGAUGAGGACAGGAGCUCUGAAAGGAAACAGCUCUAUGGGCUGUCUGGAUCUGGCAACCCCAGGAUGAAUGGACCAAAGCCAGCCAGUCUCACAUCUUUCAAAAUUACGGGUGUGAACCUCAGAUUUAGACGUGAAAAUGAUUAUUCAAGGUUUGUGCAUUUCCUGAAGACCGAGGUCUGCUCAUGCCCAGAGCUGGAUGUAGUCUAGCCCAGCUCUGCUCCCUCACGUCUCCUCUCCAUGGCUUUGGAGUAAAUUGUCUGACUCUAGACUUUCAUAUCUUUCUUCUCUUCCUCAUUAAGGUGAUGGUAAAAGGCCCUUCCAGAUAGCCAAGUAUUUUUCAUCCAUUGAAGCAAGUAGUACUUGUAUUAAUUAUAAGGCUUUCACCACUUUUUACACUGAACAAAAAUAUAAACGCACCAUGUAAAGUGUUGGUUUUAUGAGCUGAAAUAAAAGAUCCCAGCAAUUUUAUAUAUGUACAAAAAGCUUAUUUCUCUCAAAUGUUGUGCACAAAUUUGUUUACAUCCCUGUUAGUGAGCAUUUCUCAUUUGCCAAGAUAAUCCAUCCACCUGAAAGGUGUGGCAUAUCAAGAAGCUGAUUAAACCGCAUGACCAUUACACAGGUGCACCUUGUGCUGGGGACAAUAAAAGGCCACUAAAAUGUGCACUUUUGUCACACAACACAAUGCCACAGAGGUCUGAAGUUUUGAGGGAGCGUGCAAUUGGCAUUCUGACUGCAGGAAUGUCCACCAGAGCUGUUGCCAGAUAAUUAAAUUGUCAUUUUUUACCAUAAGCCUGUCGUUUUAGAGAAUUUGGCGUUAUGUCCAACCGGCCUCACAACCGCAGACCACGUGUAACCAUGCCAGCCCAGGACCUCCACAUCCAGCUUCUUGACCUGCGGGAUCGUCUGUGACCAGCCACCCGGACAGCUGAUGAAACUGUGGGUUUGCACAACCGAAGAAUUUCUGCAGUAACUGUCAGAAACAUUCUCAGGGAUGCUCCUCUGCGUAUUCGUCAUCCUGAGUUUGGCGCCACUGGCACGCUGGAGAAGUGUCCUCUUCACGGAUAAAUCCCGGUUUUAACUGUACCGGGCAGAUGGCAGACCAUGUGUAUGACGUCGUGUGGGCGAGCGGUUGGCUGAUGUCAACGUUGUGAACAGUGUCCUAUGGUGGAGGUGGGGUUAUGGUAUAGGCAGGCAUAAGCUACGGACAACGAACACAAUUGCAAUUUAUCGAUGUGCGAUUUGAAUGCACAGAGAUACCGUGACGAGAUCCUGAGGCCCAUUGUCCUGCCAUUCAUCCUCUGCCAUCACCUCAUGUUUCAGCAUGAUAAUGCACGGCCCCAUGUCGCAAGGAUCUGUACACAAUUCCUGGAUGCUGAAAAUGUCCCAGUUCUUCCAUGGCCUGCAUACUCACCAGACAUGUCACCCAUUGAGCAUGUUUGGGAUGCUCUGGAACGACGUGUACAACAGUGAGUUCCAGUUCCCGCCGAUAUCCAGCAACUUCACACAGCCAUUCACGAGGAGUGGGACAACAUUCCACAGGCCACAAUCAACAGCCUGAUCAACUCUAUGCAAAGGAGAUGUGUUGCGCUGCAUGAGGCAAAUGGUGGUCACACCAGGUACAAACUGGUUUUCUGAUCCACGCCCCUACUUUUUUUUGAAAAAGGUAUCUGUGACCAACAGAGGCAUAUCUGUAUUCCCAGUCAUGUGAAAUCCAUAGAUUCGGGCCUAAUGAAUUUAUUUAGGGCGGCAGGUAGCGUAGUGGGUAAGAGCGUUGUGCCAGUAACCGAAAGGUCGCUGGUUCUAAUCCCCGAGCCUCCUAGGUGAAAAAUCUGUCGAUGUGCCCUUAAGCAAGGCACUUAACCCUAAUUGCUCCUGUAAGUCGCUCUGGAUAAGAGCGUCUGCUAAAUGACUAAAAAAAAAAAAAAAAAAAAAAAAAUUUAAAUUGACUGAUUUCCUUAUAUGAACUGUAACUCAGUAAAAUCUUUGAAAUUGUUGAGUGUUGCGUUUAUAAUUUUGUUCAGUUUAUUACUAAGGCUUUCAGACUUCUCUUCAUUUCCACCAAAGAAUGUAUGGAGUGCCUCACCAACCACAAUGUAUCAAUCAUAAAGAGUUCAUAUGUUUUUGCCCACAUAAUUCAGGGGUUUAUAAUAUACCUCUCGAAAUGAGCGCUUCGAAUAACAUGGAAUGAACUGACGGUUGUUUUCUUUCAUUUAAGUUCUGUGAAUGUAAGUGAAUAAUUGUGUGUGUGUGUGUGUUGGAGAAGUUACUCUGAAAAUAUAGUUUACCAAGCUACAAAUUACGUCACAUUGGAAGAAUUUAAGCUACACUAAAGCCAACCUUAAGAGAAAUAUAGUUUACUUAACUAAAGUUACUUUGAAAAAGUAGUUCACUACAUCCAAAUUAAUUUGUGAAAAAAAUCAAAUGUAAAUAUGAAAUGUCAGACUACAAAUUGCAAGAUUAGAUCACUUUGGGGACAUAUCUUAACAGAAUGCGUAAUAUAGCCUAUUAAUAACCAAAACGAUGUUUCAAGUGAGGAUUAUGCAGGUCUGAUGCCGAUAAAGAAAGGAAAUUAUAGCCUACUUCACUCAUAUUUUGUUUUUGCAAAAAAAUAAGUGUUGUUCCAGUAAUUAGCUACAUGACUACAUGGCAAAAAAAGUAAUUAACUGCUGAAAACACUACCUAGAUUUGAAUUUAGUUCAACUACCAACACGCUACUAAAAUAUUUGGUUGAAUUACUAGUUGAACUACAUGUAGUUCACUACUCCCCAAUGUGUGUGGGAGUUCUGACUGACACUAUUAUUAAGAAAAUACUGAAGGAAAGGCAGUCUCUUCCGAACCACCAGACUUUAAAGUGCAGAAGGCCUUGACUGUCAGUGUGUGAGAAUGUGAAUACAAAUGUAUUUUGAUAAGGUUGAAGUACUUGGUUUUGAGUCCAUAGAGCCAAGCCAAGCUGUCUUCCAUAGUGAGGGGCUGUUUGUGUGGAUGUACUACAGUAUGAGAAGUGAUCCUCCCCUGGGAUGUCAAACAGCCUGUGGUGACCUUGGUAGUGGAAAGGAGAGGGGGGUUCGAUACACUCUCUGCCUCUUUCUGACCAGCCUGAGACAUCUGAUAAUGUAAUUACACUCACAUCACAGCCAAGCCAACCAUUUACUGACUGUGUGAAAUGGACAGAGAGAUAAACUUUGCUUUCAGAUACUCGAUUUUGUUGUAUAUGUAAAAUCAAUAUCUACUUACAUCAUGAUUCACAAUCCUAAUGUAUUUAUGGUCCUGGUGUGAGUGAUGUUUUGUAAAAUCAAUGUUUUGUUGUAAAAUCGACUGAAUCUUGGUCUGUGGCAACAGAUUAUUUAUUUGUGUGCAAAUUAGUCUAAAUGAGAAAAGUACCAGGUUAUGUGUGGCAGUAUUCACAUCAUUACAAGCAAUGACAUUUGCUCUCCCCUUUUUAUAGUUUAAGUGAUCCUAUACUGUCCUGAUCCUGAACUGUGUAAACACAGUCCUAAACUAUAAUCUGUGGUCAUAGUGAUCCGACCAUGUCAACAAGCUCCACUUUACCUUGGUAUCAACUGCCAUUACUGAGGCCUGUUUGAAAUGCCACAACAACCUAAGAGGGGACUCACGCCCUCCACUCAAUAAAAGCAGGGCAGAGUUUUAUGACUUAGGUCAUUGAUCACAGCAGAGAUUUGUACUUUGAGAGCUACAAAGUGGCAAUUAAGCUAUUGGCUCUAUUACUGUAGAAGAGCACUGAUUCUGUGAGUGGCUGAUGACUGUUUUAUCUGUGACUGUGCUACUGUUUUUGGUCACACUUACAGUAUACCAGUAGUAUUAGUAAUACUGUGUAGUAGUAGGAGGAAUAGUAAGAGGAGUAUCAGUAGGUAAUUACAGUUAUUCCAUUGUAGUUAUGAAAUAAUGACUAUGCCAUUUUAAAUUGUUAGCAAAUGUAUGUUGGUUUUCUACCCAGUGGUAAUAAUAGCUUGACACACUUGUUUGUUAUGUCUUAUCACGUUCCUGUUAAUGAGAUUUACUAGAGUGAAAGAGAAUAAUAAUUCCCAUCAUUUGACAGACACCUAAUAGUAUUGCUUGCCUGACUCAUGUGAGAAGAGACUUGUAUUAGAGAUCUCAGUAUUAUCUGAGCAGUUUCACAGACUCUGAUUGCCUGUCUCUGUUUCCUUCAGUUGUGUUUAAUAAUCGGUCUCUGUUUCCUUCCUGCCUCCCUUUGUAUCUACUGUACCCUGUGUGUCUCUCUGUCUCUGUGUGUCUCUCUGUCUCUGUGUGUCUCUCUGUCUCUGUGUGUCUCUGUGUGUCUCUGUGUGUCUCUGUGUGUCUCUCUGUCGGUAUCUCUGUGGGUGUCUCUGUGUGUGUCUCUGUCUCUGGGUGUCUCUCUGUCUGUCUCUCUGUCUCUGUGGGUGUCUCUCUGUCUCUGUGGGUGUCUCUCUGUCUCUGUGGGUGUCUCUCUGUCGCUGUGGGUCUCUCUCUGUCUCUGUGGGUGUCUCUCUGUCUCUGUGGGUGUCUCUCUGUCUUUGGGUGUCUCUCUGUCUCUGUGUGUCUCUGUGUGUCUCUGUGUGUCUCUCUGUGGGUGUCUCUGUGUGUCUCUCUGUCUGUGUGUCUCUCUGUCGGUAUCUCUGUGGGUGUCUCUGUGUGUGUCUCUGUGGGUGUCUCUCUGUCUCUGUGGGUGUCUCUCUGUCUCUGUGGGUGUCUCUCUGUCUCUGUGGGUGUCUCUCUGUCUCUGUGGGUGUCUCUCUGUCUCUGUGGGUCUCUCUCUGUCUCUGUGGGUGUCUCUCUGUCUCUGUGGGUGUCUCUCUGUCUCUGUGGGUUUCUCUCUGUCUUUGGGUGUCUCUCUGUCUCUGUGUCUAACUUCCAUGUCUCUCUCUCGCUGUGUCCCUGCAGGUUUUGAGCUGCUGUACCAGCCAGAGGUAGUGAGGCUGUACCUGUCUCUGCUCACUGAGAGCCAGAACUACAACACUCUGGAGGCUGCGGCAGGGGCCCUGCAGAACCUCAGUGCCGGACAGUGGACCGUGAGUCUCACACAUACAACACACACAAACACACAUUGUGAUUAAGGGGAAUAAGGUCUCUGAACUUCAAUAGGCCUCAAUAGGCUAGACCAGUUACCCCAAAUGCAGCUCUGUGCUGUCAUUACUAAACACCCUCCAUUUGGUUACUGUAGUGAGUAAUCAGUGUGAUCUUUUGUCCAGCUCAGGGGCAUAAUUUUACCAUCACUAGUGUAAAGUACAGAGGCUAUUCAUGUUCUUCCCUUCAGGAAUGGAAUGUUCUUAGUCAAUACAGUGGCUAUGUUAGGCCUAGAGAGCUCUAGCAUGCUAGCGCCAUAGUGAUUCAGUUUUUAACACCUAUGUGUCACGCUGUAAACAUAUCCGUUGCCACGGCAUUCAUCAUCACUCGGCUCCAGUUGGCAAAACACAACGCAACAGACAGGAUGUUAGAUUGAUUUGGAAACAUCCAACUUUUAUCUCAUUUUUUAAAAACGCUUACACAAAACAUGUAACGUGUUUUUAACAUGUAUAACAUGUGUAGUGUAGUGUACAGUACAUGUAUACCCUGUAUAAACUGUCACCAUUUUCCUUUUUGCUCUGUUUUCUAUCACUGUUCUGCACUGGUGAUUUAAUUUGUAUUUUUUAUGAUUGUGGAAUGUAUAGAGACAGAAUCUGUCCCUCCUCCAUGGUUUUCCAUUCCAUUUGAGCUGAGGAGGCUGAUCGCCUGUCCACGCUCUAGGGCUUGGGGCUGCUGCCAACACAUCAAACCUCUGCAUCGAGGAGAUGGACAUUACGUGUCCCCGCUCCCUAUGAGGAUAUCUCAAGCUUUUCUUUUGUUUAAAUCCUCUUUUCAUCCCAUUCUUCCUGCUGCUCUAUAGCUGUUUGACUAGGUGCAGUCUGUUUUAGGCUUACUACUGCCACCCAGUGGUGUGGUUCUGGUGUUGCACCAGUUUAAUUACAUCUCAGAGGGUAACGGUGUUCAGCAAAGGAGCUCUUUCAGGUCAAACGUAAUGUUUUGUGUUACAGGAAUAGAGGAAAAUGUAUGUUUAAUCAGAGACAACAAAAGAACUGUCAAAUCCAGAGAGCCACUGUUGGCUUUGCUACUGGACAAUAAUAGUGUCUGUGUGUGUGGAGGGGCGGGCGUGCAAGUGGGUACACGUGUAUUGCUAUGUGUAGGUGUGUGUGUACAUGCGUAUGUAUGUAUUGGCUGAUAUUAUUCUCUCUACACAGACCGGUUAUCCAUAGCCUCCAUGUUCCCUCCUCUCUGUCCCCAGUGGUCCAACUACAUCCGAGCCACUGUGAGGAAGGAGAAGGGUCUUCCCAUCCUGGUGGAGCUGCUGCGUUCUGAUGCUGACAAGGUGGUCCGAGCCGUGGCCAUCGCCCUGCGUAACCUCUCCAUCGACCGCCGCAACAAAGACCUGAUCGGUACAAUCACUGACCACAUAACCUGACCACACAUGGUCAACACAAGGCCUCUCUGUACAGCAAACAGAACAACAUUGGGAUAAAACAUUUUGGAAUACGUUGAGAUUAGAUAGCUGUUAAUGAGGAUAAGAAUAUGAUUGUUGGACCUGUGUAUGUCUUUUGCUGAAUAUGAAUGUGUAAUCUACUUAUUGUAGAUUAGAAUGAUUGUAGAUUAGUCAAAGAUUGAAUUGCUUGAUAUCGAACAUUUUGUACAAUGCUAUUAUGAAUCAAUGCACUAUGUAACCCUACAAGAUAAAUGUUGAUACACCUGUUACCUCUCUACUGCCAUCUGACGGUGCCCUCUGCACCCUGCCAUUUGACCCCUGCCCCCUGCCCUGUAGGGAGCUAUGCCAUGAGGGACCUGGUGAGUAACCUGCCCAGUGGUCAGCAGCGGCCAGCCAAGAACCUGGAGGAAGACACAGUGGUGGCCAUCCUCAACACCAUCCACGAGAUUGUGACGGACAGCUCCGAGAACGCACGCUCUCUCAUCCAGGCCCAGGCCAUCGAGAAACUGGUGGCCAUCAACAAGACGAGGUAGGAUGAUGGCACAGUACAGCUCAUCUCAGUACAGCCCAAUACAAUACAUUUCUUGAUAAAAAAAAAAAAGGAAAGGUGUAUUUGUAUUGUAUUUGCUAGACAUUCUACUGCACUGUUGGAGCUAGUAACAUAAGCAUUUCACUGCACUUGCUAAUCAAAUCAAAGUUGAUUGGUUGCGUACACAGAUUUGCAGGUGUACACAACCAAUAAACUUUGACUAGAUUUGAUUUACAACACAGUACAGCACAGUACAACAGAGCAUAAUGCAGUCAAACAAUUGAAUGGGUUCCACAUUAGUACAGUAUGUACAUUAAUGACUACAUGUGACACUGGCCUCCCUCCCCAUGAGAGAAAGUUCCUUACUUUUAAAUUAUUUGGACUUUAAAUGCAAUGAAUAAUAUAGUGACAUUAAUAAUAUCCAUGAUAUACAGUAUAUUCUGCAAUCACUCAAGGACCAGGAUUGUCUGCUGCUGGCCAUAUACAAUGUAAUGACCCCGUGCCUUUUCAUGUCCUCUCUAGCAUGGGCAUUAAUGGGCUUUUAAUAAUAUUAAGUGCUAUAAGCUGGAUUCCUUGUCAUAUCAUUUCGAUCUGUAGAACAUUACUUAGAUUGAAUAGAUAAGCCCGUAUCGUGUAGUGUCUGGUUUCCAGGAAACCUACUAUAGUGCACUUCACCUGAAUACUAAGUACUAUGAAUAGGAAUUCAAGAGAUGUUUGAAUGAUUUCCCAGUUUUCACUUUAUUUAAUAUCACUGUCCUCAUUUUCCAUUGAGUGAUCUGAUCUACUUGAUCAAGUCAGCGAGAGAGGACAGCCAGAGAUGAGCUGUUUUGAUAGAUGUCUCCUUCUACAACCUAUUGAUGAUUUAAUUAAGAUGAGUUUCCAAUGGGAAUUUUAUACCUGUACUUUAUUGAAUACCUUUAGGUUCUAAGUUCUGGGACAAAUCCAAUCAGACACCAAAGGAAGCUCAAACUAGAUGUAUUUACCACACUGGGUGUUGCAGCUGCAUAGCACACCAUACAAGUCACACACGCACAUAUAUUUAUACCUUCCGACUAGGCCCUCCUAUAUCUAGGAUGAACAAUCAGUCUCUGUUGCUGGGCAGGAACUGAGUCUGUUCCUCAUGUUGGUGUUAUCGUGGCCCAGCCUGAGUCCAGAACCUUCGUGUCCCUCCAUGCCUUUCACAGGACUUCUUAUCAGUCAGGAGAGGCCUUGAGUUAUUGGGAGUACACAUUCCUAUAGUCUACUGCAGUCCACUAAAUAAUACUCAUUUUCAUACACACAAAUCUUAAACCUAACACUACAUUCAAUCUUUAAGAAUAUAUAAAAGCGAUAUAUUAAUACUAAGAGUAUAUAGUGAUAUAAAACAGUAAAGAUAUAGGACAGUGUUAUAGAACAGUAAUUAUGAUCUACCAGCUCUAACGCCAGACACAUGGCUCCUAUUCAACCCUUAUGGAAGCAUUCUUGCACUCAGACACAGGCCCCCUUUGUAUUUUCCCUCUGCCCAAAUACAAUGGACAUAGAUUAUUCCAUCUAACCCAUAAUGUGAUAAUUACUACUGCUAGGCUAAUUAUACAAUUAUAAAUGGACUAAAACGGGCUCACGUCAAAUAGUCUCCAACAAUACCAAAUAAAUGUGUUUUCCCUAAACCCAUGAGAUUGUCUGUGAAGUGAUGGAGAACCUCCCCCCCAUGUAAUUAACAGAAGAGCUAAGGAGUAGUUAGUUAAUUGAAUGAAAGAAAAUGUGUGCGGCCAUUGGGGUCUGAAUUAAAAGCAAGCUCUUGGGGCCAUCAGUCGAAAUAAGAUGGAUGAUGGCUUUGAAUGUGAGAUUGAUUGCAUUCGGCUCCAGCCUCCACUAGCUGCUGGCAGUGGUUGGGCCCAACGUUCUGGGUUGUAUUCACUAGACUACCGGAACUUGUCCAAUAAGAAACAUUUUUGUUGCAAAACGUUUUCCAUUGCAAAAUGUUUUGCUACGGUCUGCACUAAUGAAUACGAACCUGGUUCUCUCCCUGUCUCGCUCAGCCAAUCACCACGUGAGAACAAGGCUGCCUCCCACGUGCUGCAGACGGUGUGGAGCUACAAGGACCUGAGAAACGCCCUGACCAAGGAAGGAUGGAACAAGAGCCACUUCCAGGUACACGGCUGUGUAGAAGAACACACGCAUGCACACAGAUACGUUCACAUACACACACAUGCACAAUAAGUACGGCGGCAGGUAGCUUAGUGGUUAAGAGCGUUGUGCCAGUACCUGAAAGGUUGCUGGUUCUAAUCCCCAAGCCGACUAGGUGAAAAAUCUGCCGAUGUGCCCUUGAGCAAGGCACUUAACCCUAAUUGCUCAUGUGCGUCGCUCUGGAUAAGAGCGUCUGCUAAAUGACAAAAAAAAUGAAAAAUGUCCCUACUCUCUCCCCCUCUCAGCCUACAGCGACCGGCGCACCUAAAGCAGCCAAGAAUGGCAAGCCAGGCUACGACGACACUACCCUACCCCUGAUGGAGAAGAACCAAGGUCAGUCUGUGAUGGCAGGCGAGACUGGGGAUCCUCCGGGCCUGGCCUACUGUGGUGAACUAAGUGAGGAAACCAUAGAUAAUAUAAUUGCUCUGUAUCUAUGGAGGAAACUGCUGUUGUGACGGUGUGUGACUGUAUCAGAAGCCUUGAUUAGAAUGAGUGCUGAGGAGGAUGGCUCUAUCUGGACUUUGUUUUGUGUGUUCUCACUCAUAGCCAUAUACGCACUGCCCCCAUUGUUCUGCUGCAGUGUUUGGUGAUCUUCAUGUGCUAUAGUCAGUACAAUUGGGAUGGUGUGGUCUGGAGAAUGAUGCAUCAUGGGUAGAUUUAUCUAAUCAAAUAGUGUGUUCUGAAUGCAAAUCCAAGCAUGUAGAGUAGGAUAUGAAGUUACAUAGAGCAGGGGUCAUAUAUAUAAACUCAGCAAAAAAAGAAACGUCCCUUUUUCAGGACCCUGUCUUUCAAAGAUAAUUCGUAAAAAUGCAAAUAACUUCACAGAUCUUCAUUGUAAAGGGUUUAAACACUGUUUCCCAUGCUUGUUCAAUGAACCAUAAACAAUUAAUGAACAUGCACCUGUGGAACGGUCAGUAAGACACUAACAGCUUACAGAGAGUAGGCAAUUAAGGUCACAGUUAUGAAAACUUAGGACAGUAAGCCUUUCUACUGACUCUGAAAAACACCAAAAGAAAGAUGCCCAGGGUCCCUGCUCAUCUGCGUGAACGUGCCUUAGGCAUGCUGCAAGGAGGCAUGAGGACUGCAGAUGUGGCCAGGGCAAUAAAUUGCAAUGUCCGUACUGUGAGACGCCUAAGACAGCGCUACAGGGAGACAGGACGGACAGCUGAUCGUCCUCGCAGUGGCAGACCACGUGUAACAACACCUGCAUAGGAUCGGUACAUCCGAACAUCACACCUGCGGGACAGGUACAGGAUGGCAACAACAACUGCCCGAGUUACACCAGGAACGCACAAAUCCUCCAUCAUUGCUCAGACUGUCCACAAUAGGCUGAGAGAGGCUGGACUGAGGGCUUGUAGGCCUGUUGUAAGGCAGGUCCUCACCAGACAUCACCGGCAACAAUGUCGCCUAUGGGCACAAACCCACCGUCGCUGGACCAGACAGGACUGGCAAAAAGUGCUCUUCACUGACGAGUCGCGGUUUUGUCUCAUCAGGGGUGAUGGUCGGAUUUGCGUUUAUUGUUGAAGGAAUGAGCAUUACACCAAGGCCUAUACUCUGGAGCGGGAUCGAGGUGGAGGGUCCGUCAUGGUCUGGGGUGGUGUGUCACAACAUCAUCGGACUGAGCUUGUUGUCAUUGCAGGCAAUCUCAACGCUGUGCGUUACAGGGAAGACAUCCUCCUCCCUCAUGUGGUACCCUUCCUCGAGGCUCAUCCUGACAUGACCCUCCAGCAUGACAAUGCCACCAGCCAUACUGCUCGUUCUGUGCGUGAUUUCCUGCAAGACAGGAAUGUCAGUGUUCUGCCAUGGCCAGCGAAGAGCCCGGAUCUCAAUCCCAUUGAGCACGUCUGGGACCUGUUGGAUCGGAGGGUGAGGUCUAGGGCCAUUCCCCCCCAGAAAUGUCUGGGAACUUGCAGGUGCCUUGGUGGAAGAGUGGGGUAACAUCUCACAGCAAGAACUGGCAAAUCUGGUGCAGUCCAUGAGGAGGAGAUGCACUGCAGUACUUAAUGCAGCUGGUGGGCACACCAGAUACUGACUGUUACUUUUGAUUUUGACCCCCCCUUUGUUCAGGGACACAUUAUUCAAUUUAUGUUAGUCACAUGUCUGUGGAACUUGUUCAGUUUAUGUCUCAGUUGUUGAAUUUGUUAUGUUCAUACAAAUUUGCUGAAAAUAAACGCACUUGACAGUGAGAGGACGUUUCUUUUUUUUGCUGAGUUUAUAUUAUGAAUUUUUUUGGGGGGGGUUAAAAACACUCCAGGCCACUCUUGAAAGUCUAAAACUAGAUCAAAAUAUGUAUAAAUUAUAAUGGACCUAAUAUGUUUUCAAAUAACUGUCAUUUAUUCUGGCCCUCAAAUUGCUUUUGAUGAACAAAAAAUCGGAAUACCUAUAUGGCCCUCGAGCCAAAAUUAUUGCCCAACCCUGACAUAGAGGGAGGUACUGAAGCAGCCUAAAACACUGAACAUCGCAUUGACAGAGGAUUCGAGGGCAUGACAGCAUUUUUCUUCUCUUCUUGUUUCUGGCCUUGUGACUGCAACCAUGCAUACACACGAGGUGCGGUUGUCAUUCACACCCAUUCUCAGCCUGCCUGCAUUACUGGUUAAGUGUAUCAGCAGACAGUGACUGAGGACCAUUGGCCUGAAAGCAACAUUGGCUCGUGAAUCAAACAAAUUGUGUGUGUGGUGCUCAUGAUAAAAACGGCAUAUAAAUGCUUUUCAGGCAACAAGAAAAAUGGAAGUGGUGAUAUGAUACCUAUGGACGAGCUUGGUCCAGGUAAGACCGAGUUUGCAUGACCUCAAUCGCCGACGAGGAACACUACUAGUCUCAGAUGGAAUGUUCUUAUCUCUAGGGACUACUGACAGUUCUAGAACCCCAAGAACACCAAUGCCAAAAUUGAAAUUCUAAAAAAGUUUGUAGGGCAAUUUUUUGCAAUAUUUGAAAUGAACAAAGAUAUUAAUUAUUAUGAUGCUAUAACAGUGGACAAUGCAGUGCAGUAGUGUUUUACUUAUGAUGCUGUUUGCAAGACCCCUCUCUUAACAAGAUGUUGGUAUAAGAAUGGGCGUUAAUUCAGUAGAACAGAUGGUAACAGGAAGUGUGGGCAAUUCUCUAAUGACUGUGUUCAAACCCUGAAAAACGUAAAUGUUCUCCUCAGUGCUACUCUUUUCAAUGAAUAUGUAAACAAUUGUCUUGUUUCCACUCUAACUAAUGAGUUCUUCCUCUACAUCAGAUGUGCACCACUCCAGUCCUGGAAGGCUGCAUGCAGCUAGGCUACUGUAGUUUCCAUCCAUGCAUUUAACAGUGAUAUCCUUUUGUGAUCCUCUCUCUAUCUAUCUCUCUCUCUCGCAUAUUAGAUGGCUACACCACCAUCGACCAGAGAGACAAGGACUGCAAGUACAAGAGUAGUGGAGACGGAUCAGUGGAUCUGACAGAACGGGAGCCAUUAAAGGUAAGUCUGGUCUAGACCCACCCGUUACAGCUCCCCUACAGCUGCACUAACUAGUUGAUCAGGCUGUUAAAGCACACAAGUCAUGAUGCGCCGUUUCUGUUAAGAUAGCCUAAACCCGUCUCUCUUAGUGCCCUUGCCCAUUUGUCUAUGCUAGGCCCUUUCUAAGGAAGGAGUUAAGCAGCAGUUGAUGUUGUUGUCUGUCGAGCCGGGUGCCACUCAUCUAGCAGUCCGAGUUACUGGCUGCAGAUCUGAAAGCAAAGCAGCAGAUAAUUGAGUGUAAGCAAUUCAUGUGGGACUGGUUGUGUGUGUGUGUGUGAGAGAGAGAGAGAGAGAGAGAGAGAGAGACUUGUUCUCAUACACACAAGCCUGCAUAGCAAGUGCUUCAGUGCUAGUCCAGUCAUGUGUUUCCUAUCACAGGAUUAUCUGAUAGUGUAUAGGUGGUUCGAUGGGUCAAACAUGCGAAGAGAACUAGACUUAAUGAAUAGAGUUACCAUGAGUUCAGACUAGUAUCAUGAGGUAGAAUGGGAAAAGAGAUGUUUACACAUUUUGCUGUCCUCCUCUAUAGUCCCCCCAGUUGCUUCUUGAGAUUAUUAUAAUUAUAGGACUUAAACAGGGUUGGGCAAUAACUGAUUACAUGUAAUCAGUUACAUGUAAUGUGGUUACAAAAAACCUCUUAACUGUAAUCUGUUACAUUACCAGCCAACAUAUUGUAAUCAGAUUAGAUACUUUAGAAAAACUAGAUGAUUACUUAUUGGAUUACUUGUACAUUUUGAAUGGAUGUUUGCAGAAUUUUUUUGGUUGAGAUACCUUUCUGUUUUCUCAAUGACAUUUGAAUUCAGCAUUGAAAAAAGGCUCAAAUGUAAGUUUGAUCCACCUGAGCGAGUCUGACAAGUCAGAGACCACUAUGAUGACCCACCAAAUGCAUUUGAUGGAUCCUUUUGUCUUCUUCUAAUGCAUUUUAAAGGGAAAGUAAUCUAAAAGUAACUGAAUGUAAUCAGAUUACGUUACUAAAUUUGGGUAAUCCAAAAAUUACGUUACUGAUUACAAUUUUGGACAGGUAACUAGUAACUGUAAUGGAUUACAUUUAGAAAGUAACCUACCCAACUCUGAACUUAAACUAACACAGUUAUCCGACCGCAGCUGUAUUCUGAAGAUGACACAAAUAAGUGCUUACAGUGUGUAAAUGGAAGCUAUGCAGCCUGGAGACACAAAUGCUUGUCAACAUACAGUAUGCUUCUAAGUCCUGCAAAACCUCCUGAAGCAAAUUAGCUGUCAGGCAGGACUGGAGAUGGCAGAUAUGUCCUCUGAUGCCUACAGUCCCCACCCCCCCUUGUGUUUUGAAUUUACUUAAGCACAGAAACCAAAACUGUUCAACCCUGCUUUCUACACCUCCAGAAGGCUGCUACCCAAAAUGCACCUGCUGUUUGAACUACUUUGCCCCCUCUGUGUUUGUUUGCAUGCGUAAUUUGGUUUCUUGUUUAUAAUCGCUUUUUUUCGGACUCUAAAAGCUUCCUUUAUGCUAAGGAACUAACCCUGGCUUUCCACUCCUCUGUAUAGACUAUAUUUAUUGACCUCUUUGUUUUGCUGUUAACCCCUUCUCCCGUUGCUGCAGAAUGACACAAAUAUGAAACACUAUGUCAGGAGUAACAGGCCUGCAGUCAAUCUGGUGGAUGCUUGUGACGUUAAACCUCAGCCUGUUGACUCCUGGGUCUAAAUGCAUGCAUGGUAGGUCUUACAAACAUUUGUUUUCCACUUUUUGGAUUGUUAGUCUCCUUUUUUUGUUUGCUCUACAACCUCACCCUGUUUUAACCCUCACAACCUCACUCUGUUUUAACCCUCACAACCUCACUCUGUUUUAACCCUCACAACCUCACUCUGUUUUAACCCUCACACACGUCACUUCUGGUUUGUUUGUGUGUUUGUUUAUGCUUGGACUGUGGUUGACCCAGAGUAGUUGGCUUAUGACACCAAACCUAAUUUUCACAGUUCUGAAGCACCUGUUUGAUGCAAAUCCAUCUGUUGAAAUAUGCACAUUUCCCUUGACUAUUUCACAUGAAAUGAUGUUUGUUCUAAAUGAUGAAAGGGAAUAACUCUAUAGUCUUUAUAUGGAUCACACACACACAGCUCUAAUGAAUAGCUGUAGGAAAAACAUGGUGUAUCCUCUAUCCUCUCCCUAUCUACAUUCAUGAACACACACCAGCUCCUCUGGCUCGGCUAUGUGUAGACCGUCUGUGCUAGGCUAGGCAUGGCUAGCUACUGAGAGGUCCUUUGGCUCUGUGACAGUAUGUGCUACGCUAGCUGCUCUGGGUUAGCUUCAUUACAGCUCAUUAUACAGGAUCCUCACAUCACUCACUCAUAUCUGUCCUCAAGUCCCAUCACUAAUCACUGAGUGUGUCUGCUCUGGGUGAGAAGCUGUGGUAGGUGGCUGAUCAUCAACAGCUCUAUGGAGGCAAAGGGCUGUCUGUCUUCAUUGCUGUUAGUCUCAAUAUUCUCUCAUUGCUCUCAUCCUCCUAGGUGAAAUGUAAGGGAUCAACAAUACAGCUUUGAUUGACUCCUCAUGUCUGAAAAGCAAAUUGAAAUAUGACCCCUAUGAUUAUCAGCACAGAAUUGAAAACAAUUGUUUAUUUAAUUCUGUUUAAUAAAAUAUUUUGUCAAGUCAAUGCUAAUGAACAAAAAAAAACAUAUAUAAUCUAACAAUGACAUGCUUAAAAUGGACAUUGAGUCCAUCAUGUAAGACAGCUUAAUCAUACGAAAGGCCUUCUUCAUUUUUGUAUUUGUAUUUACUGGGAUCCCCAUUAGUUGCUGCCAAGGCAGCAGCUACUCUUGCUGGAGUCCAAAUACAUUAAGGCAUUUACAUCACCCAUAAAACAAAAUAUAAAACAGUACAUCAUAUAACAUUAUUACACCACUACAUAUCUACAAUACAAAAUGUAUAAUACCACCAUAAAACAAUAUGACAAUGUAGAGUGCGUGUGCUAACGUUUGUGUGCGUAUGUGUGUCUGGCCCUGUGUGUCUCUUCACAGUCCCCGCUGUUCCAUAAGGUGCAUUUUUAUCUGUUUUUUAAAUCUGAUUCUACUGCUUGCAUCACUUACCUGAUGUGAAAUAGAGUUCCAUGUAGUCAUGGCUCUAUGUAAUAAUGUAUGCCUCCCAUAGUCUGUUCUGGACUUGGAGAUUGUGAAGAGACCUCUGGUGGCAUGUUUUGUGGGGUAUGCAUGGGUGUCAGAGCUGUGUGCUAGUAGUUUAAACAGACAGCUCGGUGCAUUCAGCUUGUCAACACUUCAUUUGUGUAUUAACCAAGCUGGCUUUUUACAGCUGCCAUUCAAACAUGUCAUCCCUGUCAUCAAAACAUAUCUGUCUUUUGUCUCCAUUUUACAUUGGAUUUGACAUCUCUCAAGCAUGUAGGAAUAUUGCUUUAUGUAUUUUAGUAUUGUGAUUUUGAAGGAAUUACUGUAAUACCACUUAGUCACUGUGCCCUCUGACUUACUGUAAAAGCUUAAUUAUUCAACUGCUUAAAACACCUGGCCUGUGUCCCAUGGUACCCUAUUCCUUUUAUAGUGCCCUAUUAUUGACCAAGGCCCAUUUGGCUCUGAUCAAAAGUAGUGCACUAAGUAGGGUGCCUUUUGGGAUGCGUAGGAGUUCAGAUCUGACAUAAUCACCUGUCCCCCCCCCUCCCCUCCCCUCCUCUCUGUUUUUCUGUGUUCUAGGCUUAAAUAACGACAGCGCAACAUCAACUAGAUGAGGAUCUCCCAUGUCAUCACUGCCAUAACACAUGGAGCUUACUUUGAUGUUGACUCAUCAGCAGAUAGACUUUGUAAAAGAAAGAGGAAAAAAACAAAACAAAAAUGAUCAUGCAACAGCCAAUGUUUCAUGCUUUUGAAUCAGCAAAUGAAAUUAUGUAUAGAUAAGAAAAUCAAAAACGACUACUUCUACUACUUCUCAUAUCUACAUUCCCACUGGAUGGACAGACGUAGUGUACACUAACAUGAGGACUCUGACUGGAGCAGCUCUGGUGUCAGGAUGGAAGAAAGGAGGCAGUUAUCCUCCUAGAGAUGCAAGGAUUCUAGAGCUCUCUCUCUUUGGUUACUGUAAGGAUGGCUGCUGGUGGUGUGAGGCAGGAAAGAAGGUGAUGUUUGUUGGGAGGAAAGGCAGUGUGUUGGAAAGGUGGAGGGAAAGGGAAAGAGAGAAAAUGAACUUUAUUUAAUUUUCAUGUCAAAAUGAAGUUUGCCUCUAAUUGUUUUUCCAUGUAACAGUUUAGUUUUUUGUUUCCAUUUUAUUUUUGUUGGUUUGUCUUUCCUCGAGGCACUGUAAAUUGUUUUUAUUUGCAAUAUUUUUUUCUUUUGCUGGUCUUUCUUUUACAUUUUAGUUUGGGUUUUCCGGAUUGAAGAAGUAUGGACUGGUGUGGUAGAUGGCAGAUGAAUGUUGGUGUGGUUUGAAGUUGGGCUCGAGGGGCACUUAAAGGAGCUGUAGCAGACUCCACACAGACGCUUUUACAUUUACAUUUUAGUCAUUU